AUGAAUCGUGGACGGUUUUUAGUAAACAUGGUUGAAGAAAGGUACAAAGAAAACAUCAGCCCUAGCUUACUAACCCAACCAGAUACUAGACAGGAGUUUGAACCAAUAAUACAAAAUGAGAGAGAUUCAUCUAACGAAACUCAUGCAGCCUUAUCCGUGGAUGGUAAAUCUAUUCCGAGCACAUCUAAACAACAGCAGGCUAGUACACCAAAUUAUUAUAUUUCACCAAUCCAAAGUGACCAAAGUGAUUUUGAUGACUCAGGUGAGGAUCCCAAUUUCCAAUGGAUUAAUAAAAGUAAGACACUAUCUCAGAUCGUACCUUUUGGUUCAUUGCUGUCUUCAUCCAGCACCAGCAGUAGUAGCUCUAAGAGCUCAUCACGUUCUAAUAGCUCGUCAGACACCGAAGAUGAUAGUGCGCAUUUACAGCUUGACCCUUAA